AUGAGCAGAGAAUAUUUUUACCACGGCAAGAAUUUAUUUUGUGGACAACUCCAGUGUACAGAAAACAUAAGAGAAGACACUCAGAUUUCAGCUCUUGUCAACAUGUCAGUCUAUAGGAUCAGUGAACCAGAGGGGAAGAUUUUGUUGGCGUCUAUUUCAGAAUCAGAUUCAAAGCUUCAAGAUUAUAAAAGGACUGGAACAAGAGUAGAUGGGAAAAUAUCGAAAACAUUUUCUGAAUUGAAUAUUUUUUUCUCGAAUCAUUCAGACUGCAAUGAUGGCGUUUUCCUUUGUGAAAUACAUUAUGUGAAUACCACAAGAUCAGUUGAUAGAAUUGGGAAAGAGACGAACAGUUUGCAAAGAAAAUCACGUGAAUCUUUUAUAAUAAUGAACUUGAAAGCUAAAACAUCUGAAUAUGUUAAAUCAGUUGAUACAAUGGCCGAUUUUCUCAAAUCGUUUGAAGACCCAGACAGGCUGAAAGGUGCAGACAUGACAGUGUCAUUACAGAUGUCACAUUCUGGUGGCGAUAAGUUCAGCACAGACAAAAGUUUUGGUCAAACAGAAACAGAGUUAAAUCACAUUUUCAAACAGAUCAGUUCUUCUAAAAUUGAGGACAUAAUGGAUGAUAAGAUAAAGAAUUUAACAGCGGAUUUUAACGAAACAUUACAUCAAAUGGAAAAUAAAAUCACAACUGCAAUGGAGAAAGAAGUUAAUAAAAUAAUUUUGCCUUAUAUUGAGACACAAAAACUGGAUAAAGGAAACUCUCAGGGCAUGUUAGAUUAUAAAAUAGGAAAUCUAACAUUGAAUUUUAACGAAACGUUACAACACAUGGAACAUAAAAUUGCAACGAAAGUAGAGAAAGAAAUUGAUAAAAGAAUUUCGUCUUAUAUCGAGACACACAAAUUAGACCAGGAAACGUUGACCUCUUUAAAUAAAUCCGUUCAAACAAUCACCGCAGGCACACAAAAACAAAUAGAACAAUGGAAUUUAAAAUUUGCUCAGAUGGAAGAAAAGCUAAAGAAAACUGAAACACGGGAGGAUUUUAAUACAACUUUGAACAUGAUGUACGAUAUCAACAAGACAAUGCACACAUUUUUAGACGAAUACAAUCAUAUGUGUGUCCGUAGCUAUCGCCCAAGUCUACCUGACCGAAUUAUUACUAACUUAAAUGAAACUAAAAUUGCCUUGUGUGAUACCAAAACAGAUGGGGGAGGAUGGGUCAUUAUACAGGGCUACAAUGAACUGAGGUUUGAAAUGAAAUAUAAAGGUACAUCCUACUACAUGGUAUACAGUAAUGUGACGGUGGGAAAUGAAGCAGAUUUGUAUAGGAUAAAGUUUACAUACAAGACAGGCAACACUACAGUCAGCUUUAGUUAUCACAAUGGAAUGGCUUUUUCCACAUUUGAUAAAGACAAUGAUGGAAAUGCUGGAGGCCAUUGCGCCCAGGCAUGGGAGAGCGGCUGGUGGUUUAACAAAUGCCAUCAGGUGAACAUGAACGGCGUGUGGGCAAGUAAACGUUUUGCUGCAGGAAUUAUCUGGGAAGGUAUAACACAAUAUACCGAUUCUCUGGAACAGGUUGAGAUGAAACUACGUCGACUAUAA